AUGGAGCGAGAAUCUGUUACACCAGUUGAAAGAGAUGGAGAGGGCAGUGAUAUGUCUAAGUUGCCUCAAGAUAUGAAGGAAAUGGUAUUUGCAAAGCUUUCAUUUCAAUCAAUCUAUGGCUCUCGUGCAGUCUGUAAGGAAUGGAAUUCCAUUUUAUCUUCCCAUAAUUUUCUGUUAUCGCUGCCCACUCAAAAUCCAUGGCUUCUUAUAUAUGGUAAAAAAUUAGAUGGAAAUAGGUAUUACAUGGCCUACCAUUUUUUGGCACAAAAAUGGAUGACCCUCCCUCUCUCUUUUCUUCCAAAUCUUCAGAGAGCUAAUGUCAGAGAUUUAUCAGGUUGGGGACAGGGAUUGCUGCUCUUUCAAGAAACCCCCACUCCACAAUUAUUUAUUUGCAAUCCCCUAAUGAGAUCUUAUGCAGAGUUAAAAAUAAAAUUGACAAACAAAUUUAUCCGUAUUGUACAAGGAGGAAACAAAGGGCCCUAUUUGGUAGUGUGUCCCCAUUCUAAAAAUUUUUCCAUCAAAAUCUACCACUACUUUCAAGAUUCAUGGAAGAUUAAGCUACAGUUUGCAGCUGAAAGGGGGUCUAAUAUAUCAGGUCAUCGAUUGAGAGAAAUGGUUCAAUGCAAUGACGCUCUUUUCUGGAUGACAUUGUUGCCUGAAACUAUUGUGGGGUACAAAAUCAAAGAUGAGGGUUUCAUAAAUCCUGUUACAGUAGCCCCAUUACCUCCUGAAAUUGUUCAGCCUGGUGGGCAUAUUUUGUGUAUUGUUUCAUAUGGUGAGUCCGUUCUUCUUGUGGGGAGCACAAGAAGAAUUACUACACUUCAGAGACUUGGUAGAAGUCCUUGGUUGUUUAGAGGAAUUGUUAUCUGGGAGUUGUUUGAGGAUGAGGGAGAUGAGUUGGUUUGGAAGUGGAAAGAGUUUGGAAGAAUUCCUCAACAGUCUAUCCCUCAACAUCUUGAUCCAACUUCUAUUGGACAGUGCGUUUGUGUGGGAGAUUACCUGUGCUUCAGCCUUGUAUGGUCAUGUGAAAGUCCGCCAAUAUUUGCAUAUAAUCUAAAGGGUGGGUUUUGGCAACGCCUUCCUCCGUGUACAAAUCAUUAUCUUAAACAGAUGAAGAUGAUGUCAUUUGAACCGAAGCUCAAUAAUUAUCAGUUUCUAGGGAAAUCAAGGGAAUGA